AUGAACCCCCAAGAGGAACACUGGAUGGUCACUCUGCAGGUUGUGUUCUACCCAGCCUUGGCUAUAGUGGGCAUCCCUUCCAACAUUGUUACCUUCCUCAUCUUCUGGCGGAGAAACUGCCUGCUGUCCAAGUCCAGCACCUUCUACCUGAUGGCCAUCUCUGUAGCUGACACUCUGGUCCUCGUCUUCAUCGUGGUGCUGGAGAUCACGGUCAAAUUUUGCCAAGAGCCAUUUUGGAGCCGUGAGCCCUGGUGCCGCCUGAGAGACAUUUUCAGCUAUGGGGCCUACAACACCUCAACCUGGCUGGUGGUGGUUUUCACCGCAGAGCGCUUCAUUGCCAUCCACACCUGGACCAUCAAGACCAAACUCCGCACCCCGCGCAGUGCCUUAGCAGCCAUCACCAUCAUCUUACUCCUCAGCCACCUCCUGGCAAUACCCUACUACUGGUCCAAUGUCUCAGUUUACGACCACAACCAGACCAGAUGGGCCUGUAUAUACGAACCUGAGGCCCCGCAUGGUUAUGUGCAUGCCCUGUUGGGGGCCCAGACCUUAGUGGCCUACAUCCUACCUUUCCUCAUCAUCCUCACCCUCAACGGGCUGACUCUGCGACAGAUCUCCCUUAGCAACAGGGUCCACGUGGUGACGGCUGCCGACCUACCCAUGUCCAUGAGUAUCAUCAUACGCACCACCUUCGUCUACGGCCAGGAUCGCAACGACUACCCCCUGCAGAUCAACGUGGCGGCUGACAUUGGUAGCAUGCUGAGCCUCAGUAAUGCAGCCAUCGACACGUACCUUUAUGCCUGCACUCAGGCCAAGUUCCGUCAGAAAUCUACAGUUAACUAG